AAAAAGAGUGCAAGUGUUAAGCGUGUACUAAAUAGGCUAUUUUGAACUUACUCUCAUACAUAAAUGACCAUUUUUGUCAUGUUGUCCAAAAACAAGGGACUGUUAUUAGAAAGGGAGCAAUUGGAAGGAAAUCAGAGAAAGAUGGAUCCUCCUCCUCACUCGCAAACACAGAUAUCGAAUAACUGGCGUGGUGCCAAAUUUAUUUGGCGUGCUGUUCUCAUCUUCAAUCUCGGUCUAGGAGCUUACCUAUUUGCAAGGCCUGCUAAGAAGGAUAAAAAGGCUACCACUAGACAACCCAUUACUCCAGCUGAGACUACUAUUCCCACUCCACUCGCUCCCCACAAUUUUGAACCCAUCUUUUCUCCUAUUCCAGAGCCUGUGAAGGUAGCAGAGUCCCUUUAUGUAGAGCGGCAACACAGUUUUUUCGGAUCGAUGCUAAAAGAUAAAGAGGAAGGUCAAACUUCAAAACUGAGAAGAGAAGAAGAUAAUCAAUGAAGAAAAGCUCUACUGAAGCAGUUCGUAAGCAGAUUCCAUCCCAAAGAUCUGAUGUAAUGUAGAUGUUUCGUAAUUCAAAAAUUUCGUAGGCUGAGCUUAGUUACUGAACCGUCAUUUACGACGUGGCAUUUUUUUUUGCCACCUUCAAUCUAAUUGAUACUGCUGCUUUUUGAGUAGGCAGUAUGGAUAAUAGAUGAUUCGGUACAGCAGAAUGUUUUAUUGCCAGUGGAGGAAACUAAUGGAGCUAAUCGAGUUCCAUGACUGUUUCAUUUAUCUAAAUGAACUUUUUCCCA